CAGACAUAAUGGCAUUGUCGUGUACUAAAGCAAAGGGACAUUGAAAUGUCACAUUGCUUAACAUAUCACAUCAUCACGCUGCAGAGUUUCUCAAUUUGCUCGUUUGUUUCUUCGCCUUUCUCGUCCUUAGCUUUUUCUUCCCUCCAUAAAUACCUACCUAUAUAGACAAAUUCACUCUGUUAUCAUCGAAAAUUUCUAUUUAUCUUUUUCGUUUUAUUCCUUCUCUAUAAUAAUCUUGUCCCCAUUGUUAUAAAGAAAAGAAGGUGAGGGGAAAACAAAGCAAUGGUUAUGGCUAUGGAUCGGAUCGCUUUUACCUCAUCCCCAUCCGCUUAUCAACGUUCUUAUCAUCCUCAUGGCUACAGAUCUUCAAGAGUUUUCAUGUCUUCUACCAUUCGUCCCGCCUCUACAGAGGUUACCAAUGGAAGGAAACCCUAUCUCCCUCCUCGAGAGGUGCAACUUCAAGUGAAGUACUCAAUGCCACCACAAAAGCUGGAGAUCUUCAAGUCCUUAGAAGAAUGGGCUAAUGACAACUUGUUGCCUUACCUAAAACCCGUUGAGAAAUCAUGGCAGCCAACUGAUUUCCUCCCUGAACCAGAGUCAGAAGGUUUCUAUGACCAAGUCAAGGAGUUAAGAGAGAGGUGUAAAGAGCUUUCUGACGACUACUUUGUAGUCCUUAUUGGUGAUAUGAUCACAGAGGAAGCACUUCCCACUUAUCAGACCAUGAUUAAUACGUUGGACGGUGUUAGAGAUGAGACUGGAGCAAGUCCUACUCCUUGGGCAGUGUGGACGAGGGCCUGGACUGCCGAGGAGAAUAGGCAUGGUGAUCUUCUUAACAAGUAUCUUUACCUCUCUGGAAGAGUAGACAUGAGGCAGAUUGAAAAGACCAUUCAAUAUCUGAUUGGUUCUGGAAUGGAUCCAAAGACUGAAAACAACCCUUACUUGGGUUUCAUCUACACUUCUUUUCAAGAAAGAGCAACUUUCAUCUCCCAUGGAAACACUGCUGGCCUGGCAAAGAAGCUCGGGGACUCGAAACUAGCGCAGAUUUGCGGCACCAUUGCCGCUGAUGAGAAGCGUCAUGAGACUGCUUACACCAAGAUUGUAGAAAAGCUUUUUGAGAUUGAUCCUGACACCACUGUUGUAGGCUUUGCUGACAUGAUGAAGAAAAAGAUAGCCAUGCCUGCUCAUUUGAUGUAUGAUGGUUGUGAUGACAAUCUGUUUGAGCAUUUCUCCUCCGUGGCCCAGAGGCUUGGUGUCUACACUGCUAGAGACUAUGCUGAUAUACUGGAGUUUCUUGUGAGGCGGUGGAACGUGGAGAACUUGGUAGGCCUUUCUGGUGAUGGACACAAGGCCCAGGACUAUCUCUGUAAAUUGCCUGCUAGGAUCCGCAAACUCGAAGAGAGGGCUCAAGGGAGAAACAAAGAUGCUGCAAGAAACAUACCCUUCAGCUGGAUAUUCGGCCGAGAGAUCAGGGCUUAAAAGAAGUAAUAACAUGAUGCAAUUCUCCUCACCAUCACCAUGACAAGGAGGUUCAGAAAGUAUGUUUUGUAUUGGAAGAUAUGUUAGAUAAAAAGUAUGUGUUUAGCCUUGUUUUGUUUUGGAUCACUUUUUCUAUUUAUUUGUUUCAGAUUCUCCAUUUGUUCUAGACUUCUAGUAUUGUUGUAUCCACUUCCUCAAUGUUUCUCUCUCAAAUUUCCUACAAUUUGUAAUUUUUAAAAUUAUUUGCAUUGUGUUUUCGUA